AAGCCAAUGGUGUAGGACUAUGUGAUUGUAGUAACCAAUCACGAUCAAGAACCCUCGGAUCCUGCGUCAGUUACACACCCACCAUACUUUUGGUCAACCUUCUAGCGGGAGUUGUUGUCGUUGCACUCUUGGACUCUUUUCUGCGUGUAACCAACCUCUACAAAUAAGAGCAGUCAUGUCUGACCGCAAGGCAGUGAUCAAAAAUGCGGACAUGUCCGAGGAUAUGCAGCAGGACGCGGUGGAGUGCGCCACCCAGGCCCUGGAGAAAUAUAACAUCGAGAAAGACAUUGCCGCCUACAUCAAAAAGGAGUUUGACAAGAAGUACAACCCCACCUGGCAUUGCAUCGUGGGAAGGAAUUUUGGCAGCUAUGUGACGCACGAGACCAAGCAUUUCAUCUACUUUUACCUUGGCCAGGUGGCCAUCCUUCUUUUCAAGUCGGGUUGAGGAGCCAGCCUGACCCACCCCACCACCCACUACCAUCCCCGACCCCCCCACUGACCAUUAAAUACAAGACUGACUUUGUAGAAAGGCUCCUCAUUCCCUGACCUGUGGAGCAACUGUUUUUGGGCUGCUUCUUUAUGUUUCCGUUUUGAAAAAAGAAGAAAAAAAAGAUGGCUAUUUGAAUGGAGAAUGGCAUAAAAAAAGGAUGAAACACAUGUAUUUAUUUUUGUUUUCUACACUGUUGAAAAAGAUGUUACUUGUCAUUUGAGUUUUCUUUCUUCUUUUAUUUUUAAAUAUUAAAGCGGAAUGGUCUGGCUGUCCCGUUCAAAUGGCAAGAA